UGUGUGUGACUGUGCAUGCGUGCGUCCGCCCUGGGUGUCUCCUCCUCACGUUCUGCUCAGGGGUGGGGUCUGGGGUUUGAAUUUGAAACUGCCGUCGAGGCAAGAAGCAGCGGGGCGCGCUCCGCCUUGUAUGGACUGUGGUCGUCGCCCGCAGCCAUGGGAAAGAUGCUGUCCAAGAUUUUCGGCAACAAAGAGAUGAGGAUCCUGAUGCUGGGCUUGGAUGCCGCCGGCAAGACGACCAUCCUGUACAAGCUGAAGCUGGGACAGCCGGUGACCACCAUCCCCACCGUGGGCUUCAACGUGGAGACGGUGACGUACAAGAACGUCAAGUUUAACGUUUGGGAUGUCGGGGGCCAGGACAAGAUCCGGCCCCUCUGGAGACACUAUUACACCGGCACCCAAGGGUUGAUUUUCGUGGUGGACUGCGCCGACCGCGACCGGAUCGACGAAGGCCGGCAGGAGCUUCACCGGAUCAUCAACGACCGGGAGAUGAGAGAUGCCAUCAUCCUCGUUUUCGCCAACAAGCAGGACCUCCCCGACGCGAUGAAGCCCCACGAGAUCCAGGAGAAACUGGGGCUCACGCGGAUUAGGGACAGGAAUUGGUACGUCCAGCCGUCGUGCGCCACGUCGGGAGAAGGACUUUACGAAGGUUUAAUGUGGCUAACGUCCAACUACAAAUCAUAAUUCUAGGGCAAGGUCUAUAUAUCUAUAUCGAUAGAUAGAUAGAUUUCUAUAAUUUGCGCACACACGAAAAAUCUCUAACCAAUGAUUCCUAGAGCAUCUAUUCUUUUCUGUUUUUUCCCCCCUUUCCUCCCUGAAAUGGCUUAUUUGGUUUUGGAUUAUUAUUUUUUUGCUUCCGGCAGCAUGGACCGUUUUCGUCGGCCAGGACUUGGAUCGCAAAGAAUCUGUCUGUCAGGCCUCUUGGCUUCCUUUUGAACCCUACAGAGUGCCUUUGAUUUAGGCUGAUGGGAAGGAGAGGGGCGUGCUUUUUGGCCUCCGCUGCAUUAAAAAAAAUGUUUGUUUUGGGAUGACCGAAGGUUGCAUUUCUCUCUCACCCUCGCCCCGGUUUCUUCGCUAGCCUGUGAUGUCUUCCAAAUGGUUUUCGCUUGAGAAGCGAGGUGUCUGUUAAAGGAAGUUGGCUGAACUGGAGGGAGGGACCAGGUUGGUGAUUUCCUUGCCUUGAGCGAACGGGGGCGUCUUGACGACCUGGAGGUCACUCCCACCGGCACUAUCAGGCCUUAAAGGGAAACAAAUUCCGUAACCAUUCCAGACUCCCUCCCGGGGGGGGGUCUCUACGUUUUUCUUUAUUAAGCAGUCAUUCCCAACCUUAGGGAACCCGGGUGCUUUUUUUUGGACUGCAACUCCCGGAAGGCUUGCUUCCUCACCGCCUGCGCUGCCCGGGAAUUUCUGAGAGUUGCGGUCUAAGGCCACCCGGGUUACACAAGCUUGAGAAACGUUGGCUUAAAAGAACCCGUUGUGUCCCAUUCUUCCCUUGGGGAGAGAGCCCAAGCAGAAACGAGUAUUUCUGGUGCCACCUUUGUGGUUCACGCACGCUGGAACGCUUGGCUUCCGUGGCCCAACUCCUGUUGUGAAGCCCUUUCGGAGAACAACCCUCCCUUUUGACCUGUUUGGCCUGCUGGGUUUCCCUUUCCUGGAGAAGGCAAGGACGGGCAUGCCCAGCCAAACCAGUUCUGGCACCACCCGACGGGUGGGUGGAACGGAAGACACCCUUCAUCAGAGAAGAGGCUGGCUGCUUCUCCCUGUCGGGGCCUUCCUUUCAGAAGGAGGCGCUUCUUCCUGCGCCACCACCAGCGGGCUGGGUUCCUUGAAGAUGGACCACCUCCAUCUAGAAGAUGGACACACACACCAUCCCUUCUGGGUUUUGCCUGGCUUUGAACGAGCUUCUGUCUCUCCUUCGUUUCCAUCUAACCAGCUUCUUUGCACGGCUGAAUUGAUCUGGGAUUCUUCUGCUUUCCAGGGCUGUUUGGAUUCUCUUCUCUCUCUUUUUUGGGGUGGAGCAAGGAGUGUAAAUCUGUUUUUCUGAAAAUCUCCGCGUCCUUUUCCUCUCCUCUCGUUUUGGCCUUCUCUGGGGCCUUUCUUCACAAAUGAUCACAAUCCUUCUAAAUGUCCUGUCCUAAGGAAGGGGCCGCGAGCCAUUAGGAGCUCAUUCCUCUGCGUUAUUCUUUUCUGUGUCUUGCACGUGAGCUCCGGUUGACCUGGACCAUACCAGUACUGAAGUCAGGAAAUUUAAGUUCUCCUAGUUGGUGCGAGAGUUAGAGAGAGUGUGUGUGUGUGUGCAUGCAUGCUGGGGAAGAUCUCUGCCUUCCUCAUUCAGUUUCAGCUAAUAGACGCUGAUGUUUCCAACUAAUAGAUGUGGGUUUAUUUUAAC